AUGCGACCGCCGCUGCCGCUGCUGCUGCUCGCCGCGUGCGCCGCUUGCACCGCGCAAAUUGCGUGGACGCCGAUAUUCCUCGACGGCAGCAGUCAAGUGGAUUUGUGGACGCAAUCAUCGUCGGGGUGCGCAUGCCCCGGCGGUGAUGGCGACGACUGCGCGUGCUGCGUGCGCGACGGGGCGUGUCCCUGCGGCGAUGUUGCGCCGACGCGUUGUGCGCAGUGCGGGCUGGAACAGUACUGCGCGAACAUGUGCAACAUCACGAUCGACUCGCGCAUACUCAAAAGCAAGUCUGGCAAGACGUUUGGCCAGAUCAAGUCACCUUCCAUCGAGGGUCCUGGCGCCUGUUCCUACUUCUUGCAGCCAGACGCUGGCCAGAGAGUCGAAAUACAGUUGUACCGACUUGUCUCCGUCGGAAAAUUCAAUGGCUCUAGUUGCGUUGGCGGCUGGUUGCAGUUGGGCAGCGCAAGCGCAGUGCCAGCGGGCGGCGCGCGGAGACACGACUGUGUGGUGCAAACGAACGAUACACACCACCCGUCGUGCUGUUCGCCGACCACGGCGCUUCUACUUUAGAGUUUAGGAUAACAGAAAAGACUGUGAGGUCACAGUUCCUCGCGUUCUUCAGUUUCACGUCGCUAAGUAAUACCCAAGGCGUUGGGUUUCACCCGAGGGGCGGCUCGCGGAUACCCCACACAGAUUGCGACUGGUUAUACCAAGACGUAUCGUGUCGGGGUUCAGGGACCUGUGUUCUGGCCAGUCCAGGGUACCCUGGUCUCUACCCACCACACCGAAGAUGUCGCUACCUCUUCGCCACAAACUCCGUUCACACACGCGUCAAGAUUAUUUUCACUUCUAUUUUGCUACCAAGAAAUCACUGCACGACGGAUUAUCUGACAUUGCGCGCGGGCAGCUCGCCCUCUGCAUCUCUACUUGGUACUCUCUGCUCCGAGCGCACAGCGACACUCGAGCAUCCUGGACCAAAUCUCUUGCUGGAAUUCAAUUCCGGGCCAUUAGUACCGCCGUACGACUACAAUGGAUUUAUAGCCAAGCUGGAGUUUAUUGAGAGGAUCGACAGCAGUGGAGCUCCGCCCACUGUGGUGCCGGCCUCGCCGCCCUUAGCUGCGCUUACUCAUCACAUACAGCACGCGGAUAGAAUACCAGUAGAUAGUAGUGGAAUGACAAAUGAAUUGAGUGGGGGAAGCAACGCGAGGGUGGGAUGCGGCGCCACGAUCCGGGGCUACGGGCCGGGCGGCGCCAGGUCCGGCCAUUUCGACUCCCGGGCCGGACCGUGGCGCUCCCAGUGUGUCAUACAUCUACUUGGAGCGCCCACCGACGUCGUCCAAGUAUCACUAUUUAAUUAUAAUUUAAGGUUACAAAGCUGUCGAUCUCAUAUUGAGAUUUUAGAGGGUCUUCACGAAUUCGGUGGAAGAGGAGAAAGAGAUAGAUCCGAGCGUGGGGAUCGAGCUCUUCUCAGGGUAUGUGGACCAGUCGUGAGGGAGGCCAGGGAUCCCGCCGGCCGGUUCCUAAUACGUCAGGCAGUGACGUCUAAAGGUGCUAACUUAACAAUCCUGGUGCGAAGAGCGACUUCACAAUCUCAGGAUGAAGAAGAAUUUGUUGACGGGGCCUUUGCUUUUCAUGAUGAGCAACAUGAAGGAACUGCAUCUCCGGAUGCGACAUGUGCAGCCACACACUAUGGGCUUUCAUCACCAGCUCAUGGCGGAGUUUCCGCACCUUCACAUCAUCACAUUUUCUGGAACAUAGAAGAACGACUCCUCUGUACACAUAGGUUCAUACCGGCUGCCAAUCAGAGCGUUACCAUUGAGAUUCAACGUCUGGAGCGUAUGUGGAGUGCAGAGCCGACGGGCACGGCAGGUGCUGGGGGGUGUCGCACGGCGUGCGGUGACGCCGGCUGCGAGUGUCGGUCUAACACUCCACUCUACUACCACGACCAUGUUGCCCUGGUAGCUGGCGACGGCACACAUCUAUCUUGCCUCUGUGGAGACUUCCAGGCGGCGUGGUUACCGGUCGUGGUGCGGAGUUGGACGAGUGUUCGGUUGGAGUAUUCCGUGGCACAUUACACAUAUGCAAGCCGCGGUUUUGAUUACGCGGCCGCAUAUAGUUUCAACGAUGAUGCCAUGUGCGGUCAACGCACGUACACCACUCACUCUGGUGAAAUAUCGUCCAGGAACGUGUCGGUUACGGGUAGUCUGAACGAGUUUUUCUAUCAACAAUGCACUUGGGUAUUAGACUCCAACGUAGAGCGGCAGUUGUUCAUUGACAUCACGUCUGAACAGGACAAGUCGUGCGGGUCGUGGAACAUCACGUUGCACGAGUGGUCGGGGCCGGGCGGCGGUACGCAGGACUCGGGACUGGCCGCUGCCGCUGGGGACCUUUUGUACACAUUCUGUGCCAGGCACAAGAACCACACGUACACCCUACCCUGGCGGCUCAACACUGUCGUCAUUAGGUUAGUAGCAUUAUCUCGUCAGCAGCCGCUGUACACAAUAAGAUGGCGGUCCCAAGUGGUACGAGCUAACACGCGCCUGGGGCCACCGACACCAGCACCAGCUGCGUCAGCCGCUGCCAAUAGCAUCAUCAUCACUAGACUCCUUUUAUACCUGCUUUGCUUACCACUUCUAAGACUUUGA